UGAGAUGCCGGAUUUGGAGCCGACUUAUUUGUGCUGGAUGGGUGCAUCUUUGAGCGGAGAUGCCAACCUGCCUCACCCUCCCCCACCUCUGUCCGUUCCGAGAUUCAUAACAGAGCGUACCUGGCUGCUGUCGGGACCUAGAAGCAUGAAUGCGCCAUGGCGAAGGGUGUUCCAUGCCUUGGCGCCACUGCGGCAUGAAAAUCCCUUAGGGCUACCCAAGACUGGGACGAUCCCGCGCAUGCAGCGCGGCCUGCCCGAAAGGAGGAGGAUAAAAGACGUGGCGAGAGUUGUCGCCGUGUCUUCGGCCAAGGGCGGCGUGGGAAAGAGCACAGUCGCCGCGAAUCUUGCGCUGGCCUUCGCGAGGUUGGGGCACAGGUCCGGGAUCCUAGACACCGACAUAUUUGGGCCUUCGAUCCCAACGCUGUUCAACCUCUCUGAAGAACCAAGACUUUCGCAGAACAACCAGUUGCUGCCGCUUUCCAAUUAUGGCGUCAAGACCAUGUCGAUGGGCUACCUUGUCGGCGAGGAAGCCCCCGUCGUGUGGCGCGGCAUGAUGGUGAUGAAAGCCCUGCAACAGCUGCUGCACGAGGUCGACUGGGGAGGUCUGGACGUCCUGGUGCUCGACCUGCCGCCCGGUACCGGCGAUACCCAGCUGAGCAUCACCCAGCAGAUAUUUCUGGAUGGGUCUAUCAUAGUCACCACACCACACACCCUUGCGGUCAAAGACGCCGUCAAGGGCAUCAACAUGUUCAAAAAGGUCAACGUGCCGAUCCUGGGGCUGGUGCAGAACAUGUCGGUUUUCCGCUGUCCCCACUGCCAUGGCGACACGGCCGUCUUCGGGUCCGGCGACGCGGUCCAGGAGGUAUGCAGUCAGCAUCAAAUCGAUUUUCUAGGCGAUCUGCCCCUCCAUCCAAACAUUGGCGACGAUGCCCAUAGGGGGUGUCCCACGGUGGUGGCUGAGCCUGACAGCGAGAGGGCUGCCGUCUUCACUGAGAUUGCCAGAGCCAUUACGUCAAAGACUGGCCUUUGAGAACUAGCCGCUUCGCAGUCGAGCAACCAUAGGUCUCUUUACAGAUCCGUUUAUUCUAAGGGCAUCAAAACUAUCGCUUUAUAUGGGAUAUAGGCCAUGGGGCUGCUGCAAUAGGUGAUCUAGGACGCGUUGGGUGGAAUCAAUUAAACAACAUGUGUAUGGCAAGGCAAGCCCUUCGUCUCAGAGACCCAGACAAGGCCCCGUCUCUCGCCAGCAUUUUGUGAGAUAAAUUCACUCUAUCAGGU